UGUGCUCGUUCGUCGCGAUUGCGUCGUAGUACGUCAAAGCAGAUAUUCUCUUUAUCGCUGCUACAAAGCGGCUGGGAAGAAGGUGGGAGAGCGUAGACGGGCGCCGAGCCACCGCGCAGACUCUUAUUUUGCUCGGCGGGCGAGGGGUAGUCGGGGACGGACGCGCGUUUACGGGGCAUGGCGUGGUGCGCGUUCUAGUAAACAAGUUGUGUGCGAGUCGCGCGGGGAAUCUGCGCCCCGAGUUAAUCGCGAUAUUUAUUCUCCGGCGUGGUUGGCCGUCGCGCGCCACGACGCGCCGCGUUACCGUAGCCGUAGCCGUUGCCGUCGCCGCCGCCCGUUUGAAACUUUGCUUAUCUUCUUAAAAUACGAAGGUUAGGAUUAAUAAGCUCUCUCGGACAGUAAGCCGACUGCCGAUCACGGACUGUCCGGUGUGCUAUGAGUACGUGUGCCCGCGAGUGUGAGUGUUGCUCGUGUUUGCGGAGGAAAGUGAUCACGGUGUUCACCGGUCCCGGAUCUCUAACGAGGCGACGACUUUCGGUCGUGGCCGAGGAGCGAGGCAGUUGACGCGUGUGGUGAUGACUCCGGCACACGUCUUGGAAUCCCCGCCUGGACGCCGCGUUUCGGACGUCAGAGCGCUGGCCGAGCCUCAGCGAGCAGGCGACAUCGGCGUUACAGCGAACGCCCACUGAUUGCUGCCAAGAUUCCCCCGGUCAGCAGCUCGUCGCGUCGCGGAGCGAGUUUCGAAUUGGCACGCACGCCGAAUUGGCGCGUCUCGCCCGCUCAAUGGGAUCGUCGUCUGGAGCGGUGACCUGGCGGUGCCGAUCCUCGAGCACGAUCGGCUGAUAUCCUCUCGCGUUCCCGCGCGCGAGUGCGCGCACGCGGGCGAGCGAGCGAGCUGCCGUCUCCCGAGGAAUGGUGAAAAUGAAGUCGGCCGCGUGCUGCACGCGCAGACUUCGCGGCACAGCGACGUUCGACGAAGAUGAGUCGCCGCGUGCUGUGUCUCCUUCGCCUUCUCCGAAGAUUCGCUCCAACACCUGCCACUGCCACUGUCCAUGGAGCCGUGGUGCGUUCGAGGAUGCACUCGCGUCGCCGUCGACGACGUCGGUGUGCGAGCGUCUUCGUCAUCGAACCGACCGCGAUCUGUUGGGCGCGAUACGGACAGAGGCCGGCCUCGCGCUCGGCCGCCGGUAUGGCCGGCCGAGGUGGAAACGCGACGAGAGGGACGACUCGUCGACGAAUCACUCGUCGGAAGCGACCGAUGAAGAGCGCGAUAGAACUACCAAGUGCGACCGAGUUCCGCUCUGCGAAUCUUCCGUAAGGUGUGCUUCGAGCGUCGUGCGGUGGAGUUCCGUGGCGAGGCUCGUCGGCAGGUCGAAGUCGUGGAGAAGGCUCUUCUCGGUCAUUUUUCUGCUACUCGCGCUACCUGGCCUCGUAACGGCGCAACGACACACCGCCAUGGGUCCCUCCAUCAAAGACGGAGUGUGCCAAAGUAUAGACAUAAGGAAUAGCGUGGAUCAAUUUUCAAGACUGGAAGGAUGUCGAGUGGUCGAGGGCUUUGUACAAAUUCUCCUGAUCGACAGGGCGAACCACACGGCCUACGCCAACAUCAGCUUUCCCCAACUGGUGGAGAUCACCGGAUACCUUAUCUUGUACAGAGUGAGCGGGUUGAGGAGCAUCGGUCACCUAUUUCCCAACCUGACCAUCAUCCGCGGGCGUUCUCUCUUCACCAAUUACGCCCUGGUGGCGUUCGAGAUGAUGCAACUGCAGGAGAUCGGUCUCCACUCGCUCACCACCAUACAACGUGGCUCCGUGCGAUUCGAGAAGAACCCGUCGCUGUGUUACGUCGACACCAUCGAUUGGGACAUCAUCGCCAGGGCCGGCAAAGGAGAGAACGUCAUAUUAGGCAACAAGUUGACGAACGGAUGUCCGGUGUGCGAAAAAAGUUGCCCGGAGAAGCAGACCAAACCCGACGAGACAAUGUGCUGGAACCGACAACACUGCCAACGAAUAUGCGACAAGUGCGGGGACAACGCCUGCGACGACACGGGUGCGUGCUGUCACUCUUCCUGCUUGGGGGGAUGCACAACAGGCCCGACAGCCAAGGACUGCAAAGUGUGCAGGAACUUGCUGGUAAAUGGCGAAUGCGUGGACCGUUGCCCGAACGGCACCUACGAGUUCAUGAACCGGCGUUGCAUCGGGAUCCAGGAGUGCCGUCAGAUGCGAAAGCCGCGCGAGGCAUUAGACAGCAUGCAGAAUUAUCCGUACAAGCCGUUCAACGGUAGCUGCGUGAUCGAAUGCCCGGCCGGUUACAUGGACUACGAGGUCGGCAAGAACGUGUCCUGCAAGAAGUGCGAGGGCCCGUGCCUGAAGGAAUGCCCCGCCACGAACGUGGACAGCAUCGCCUCGGCGCAGAAGCUCCGCGGGUGCACGCACAUCAAGGGCAGCCUGGAGAUACAGAUACGCGGCGGCAAGAACAUCGUGAAGGAGCUCGAGGAAAGUUUGAGCAUGAUCGAGGAGAUUGACGGCUACCUGAAGAUCGUCCGGAGCUUCCCGCUGAUAUCCUUCAACUUCCUCCACCGUCUACGUGUGAUACGCGGUAAAAUCCUCGACAACGCCAAGUACACUCUCUCCGUGUUCGAUAAUCAGAAUCUCCAGGAGCUCUGGGACUGGAGCACGCAUAAGAACAUAACCAUCCUGUCGAAAGAGGGCCAUGCCAAGAUCUUCUUUCACUACAACCCGAAAUUAUGCCUGUACAAGAUCGAGAAGUUGCGUGAGGUGGCCAACCUCGAGUAUUUCACCGAUUAUGACGUGGCACCCAACAGCAACGGGGACAAGGUCGCCUGCAACGUCACGAAUCUGUACACCAAGGUCAUCCAGAAAACGUCCAGAGGUGCGAUUAUCGAAUGGGAAGCCUUUAUGCAUCACGACACGAGGUCUCUUUUGGGAUACGUCGUUUACUUCAUCGAAGCGCCUAAUACGAACGUCAAGAUGUACGACGGCCGCGACGCGUGCGGCGGCGAUGGCUGGAGGGUCGAGGACGUGUCCGCCGAGAUCCCGACGUCGCCGUCCAACAACGGCACGAUACCACAAAGGCCUAUUGUUCUCACCCACAUAUUGACCCAACUGAAGCCGUAUACUCAGUACGCUUACUACGUCAAGACCUACACCAUAGCCACGGAGAGAUCCGGCGCGCAGAGCGCGGUCAGUUACUUUGUCACUCUGCCGGACACACCUAGCUCGCCCAGGGCCUUGUCGACCUACAGCAAUUCCAGCAGCGAAUUGGUCAUGUCCUGGUUACCGCCGCUCCACAAGAACGGAAAACUCACGCAUUAUCGGAUUGUCGGCCGCUGGGAGCCUGAUGACCCGAAUUUCAUCGACCAGAGGAACUACUGUGACGAACCUAUGCUGUUACCCGAGAAAAAACCGAUGUCCGUCAUGGUGGAAGAAGAGAGGAAACGCGCCGAGGAGGAGAGGGAUCAGUCGACUAAGCAAUUAGAAGUAGCUUCUUGCGACUGUGCGGAUCGCGAGGCGGAUCAAUCGAUGCGUGAGAAAGAAGUCUCCAGUUCGAUCGCCUUUGAGAACGCUUUGCACAAUCAAGUCUAUGUGAAGCGGAAUGUGAACGUGCGUAGAAGACGCGAGACGUUGGAACGAUACAAAAAUUCUUAUGAUGAUCAGGACGAGGAAAACAGUAACAAUAAAAUUGAGAAUGGCACGUACAUAGCGUUCGAGGUGUUAGUACCGAGCACGAAUCUUACAUACGUCAUGAGGAACCUCCGGCACUUUGCCGUGUACGACAUCGAGGUUCAGGCCUGUAGAGAGCGGGUCAAUGCGACGUCUAUAAAAAAUUGCUCGACGAAGAGCAUGAAAACGUAUCGAACGUUGGCUAUGGAAAGUGCGGAUAAUAUCCCAGCGAACACUUUUCGAGCGACUGUCUCUGGCGAGAACAAUAGUGUCGCAGUGGUCACGUUGAAUUGGGAAGAACCGCUUCAACCCAAUGGCCUAAUUGUCACGUACCAAAUCGAAUACAAAAGAAUAAACAUAAAAAAUAUUAAGCCAACAGUGGUGUGCAUUACAAGGCGCGAUUUUACCAAUGCUGGUAACUCUUACGUCUUGAAGGAUCUUCCUGCUGGAAAUUAUUCCAUCAAAGUCCGGGCUACGAGCUUAGCUGGGAACGGCGCGUACAGCGAGCUGAGAAUUUUUUAUAUCGAGGAGUACGGCACGAUCAGUAGUACAUCCUGGAUUUUGUUGGUGGUCUUUUGCAUUAUCUUUAUACUCGUUUCCAUGGGGGUGUUUCAAGUGUGUCGAAGAAAAUUAUCGAGGAAUGCUAGCAUGAGACUGAUCGCAACGGUGAAUCCGGAAUACGUGAGCACUGUAUACGUGCCCGACGAAUGGGAAGUACCCAGAAAGAAAAUCGAGCUGUUGCGGGAAUUAGGAAACGGUUCUUUCGGCAUGGUCUACGAGGGAGUGGCCAGGGAUGUUGUGAAGGGCAACCCGGAAGUACGAUGCGCCGUGAAAACUGUGAACGAGAAUGCGACCGACCGUCAACGCAUAGAAUUCCUCAACGAGGCGUCCGUAAUGAAGGCUUUCAAUACGCACCAUGUAAUCAAAUUGCUGGGUGUAGUAUCGCAGGGCCAACCCACACUGGUGGUUAUGGAACUUAUGGUGAAUGGUGAUCUGAAGACAUAUUUGAGGAGCCACCGACCGGACGUAUGCGAGAAUUUUUCCAGACAACCGCCGACGUUGAAGAGAAUCGUACAAAUGGCGAUCGAAAUCGCGGACGGCAUGGCUUACCUCGCUGCGAAAAAAUUCGUCCACAGAGAUUUGGCCGCGCGCAAUUGUAUGGUGGCUGAGGAUCUCACCGUGAAAAUCGGCGACUUUGGAAUGACGAGAGACAUAUACGAGACCGAUUACUAUAGGAAAGGAACCAAGGGACUGUUGCCUGUCCGAUGGAUGGCGCCGGAAAGCUUGAAGGACGGUGUAUUUACCAGCUUUUCUGACGUAUGGAGUUACGGGGUUGUACUGUGGGAAAUGGUAACACUAGCUUCGCAGCCGUAUCAAGGCUUGUCAAACGAUCAGGUGUUGCGCUAUGUGAUAGAAGGAGGUGUCAUGGAACGACCGGAAAAUUGUCCAGACUCGCUUUAUAAUCUGAUGAGGCGUACUUGGAGUCAUAAAGCUACGAGAAGACCUACGUUCAUAGACAUCGCGACAAUGUUGUUGCAAGAAGUUAGUAUAGAGGCCUUUGAGAGGGUUAGCUUUUACCACAGUCCGGAAGGAAUUGAAGCCCGAAAUCAAAAUAGUACGCAUUCGCCGCAAAAUGACAAAGACUUGGAAAUGGCCGCUCUGCAGGACCUGCGGGAAGAAGAGGUCGAGGGUGAGGAAGACUCGCCGCUGCGUCAGGAUUUCGGCGACUUUGCAAGUUUCGAACCUGCUAGUAUUGAAAACAACACGAGCCCGCGUUACACAAACACGUACGGCGAAAAUUCGAAGGUCGCCUCCACUUUCCAUGACAUGAACUCGUCGAAGGUACCUCUCAAAGCUGGAUUCGACGAUUUCGACGGCAUCUCAGGCGAUUCGCUCGCAUCUAGCAAGGACACGUUGAACUUGCCUUGUGUAGAAGACAGCCUUAAAUCGGUCAAGAGUUCGCCUUUUAUACAAAACAAAAGUACAUCUCGCAGUAACGUAAGUUACGUCUCCCUGGGAAAGUCCGCGAGUCCUCAGAGUUUAGUCAAGCGAAACUUUCUCGACAGUCCGAAUCCCUCGUGUAAACCGCGCGGUAAUCCCGAUUACGAGAAUCGUAGUCCCGAAAUCAUGUUGGGCCUCGAAAAGAAGGAGACUGCCCCGAUGCACGUGAACUUUCCGUCGAUGGACGCUAUAGAUAUCGAUAUUAAUGGCGACAAAAGCGAAAGCAAGAGCAUGGGCGGGUACGUGAACAAGCCGGAAACACUAAAUAACGGUUACAUCGGUAACACCACCACGUAGCUUCGUUGAUCUUUUCAACGUUAAUUCAACGGCGUUCUACGUGUGGUAGGACACAAAAUCACACAUAUGAGACUUUGGAAUUAUAAUAAUAAAAUAUUUGGAAAUAUACAUACAACUUUGGAAAUUGAUUGUCACGGAGAAAAUCAACACGAAAAUAUUCCAGCAAAAGAAAAAAAAAAAAAGGCAGUGUCUGUGCCAAAUUAAUAAGCACACUGGUUCGCAGUUUCGAGAGAAUCGCGUCGAGAACGGUGAUUCACGCGCCACGAAGGGGCUCUGUUAAUUGCUCCUACGUGCACCGUGAGGCACCGCCCAAUGCGCUUCUUUUAGACUAACAUAAGUUGUACUCAUAAGUUUACAUUUUAAAUCUCUAGACGUAACUAUAUGCAGGUCCUAACAAACAAGUGUGAGGUUUCCUUAUACGGGUGUUACCAUGUCUUAAUUCCGUCUCUCUAAAUAUAAUUAAAUAUUGCUACGUGCGUGUACAGCUAAUUAUAUAUUUGUUGCGCUGCGAUGCAUGUCGGAGAAAGAGCGAAUAUAUUUAUAUCAGAUACUGUCUUUUUGAAGCUAUCGCUGUAGUGUACGUUAAUAUGGGAAAUUUAGCUUUAGCUGAAGGCACCGUUAUCGUGGAGUCACAACGAGCUCCGGUUUAAGCCAAACGUCUCUCCUCGAAAUUGGGCUGUACACUGUGGAAGAAAAGUGCGAAUACAGCAGGCGACAGUGCCACGCUGAGAUAUUCGCUGACAAAUAUGUGGCAGCCCAUCUCCCCCAUUAACUAUUUAGCAUGUAAGCGUGUAUCAAAGAAUUGAGCAGAUUGAUUAUUUGUAUCAUAGAAUUUUCAUUUAAUUUUCAGUCGCAAGGUACGCUAAUUUCUGCUAUAAGUACUAUAUAUUUGUACAGCACCGGGAUUCAUUUCCCGACUUUGUAAUAAGUAUAGCGAAACAAAGUGGCGAUUAGAUCGGCGGUUACUGAGUUGGUACGAUACCUUGUUCGUAGAGAGAGAAAGAAAGAGAGAGAGAGAGAGAGAGAGAGAGAGAGAUGACACAUUUCAUAAAUUAUAUGGAAUGUGAAUCGCAUCUGAUCGCCAUUUUGUACGAUUUUAGGCUUCGAACUCUCGUACAAUAGUAUAGAUUCGACGUAUUUGUUGGAAGAUGUGUGUGUAUGUGUGCGCACGCGCGCGUGUGUGUGUGUGUGUGUGUGUGUGUGUGUGAGAUACACACACGCGCGUAUAUAUACGUAGAAGGUGAUUCAGAAUAAGUCAACUUAGCAAAUACAAAAUAAUAUAUAUAUAUAUCUAUAUACAUACAUAUAUAUCGCGCGUUCCUCUAAUUUACAAAUGUCUAUUAUAUUUAUGUUUUCUAUGUUGUUUUAAUGUUUUUGACUUUAUUACAUCAGUUGAUCUAAAAUUCUGAAUCUACCAAUUGUUCCAACGUAUAACAGGAGAAUUAGAGAGUAAGGAUCUCUUCAAGUUGAAAAUCAUUUCCAGUAACGAGCGUUCGCGACCGCGACAAACAUUUUGUCGAUAUAUAUUGCAGAGUUCAUAAACUCUAAGAAAAAUACACUUUAAUUGUGCUGUCAUACAUUUGUGACGAAAUACCAAAUAGUUGCACAGAUCACAGUACGGCACAGCGUAAUCGUCUUCGAUAUCGACGUGCCGAUACCUUAAUCCCGAAAUUGUGACGAUCAAAUCAAGUGCCGCUGAAGGUAUCGAUGUUAAUUUGAACGGCGCCCUACUCUCGUUUCUCAUUCUGUGUCUCUAGAUAUGUAGCGAAUGUAGACAUCCAACGAAGCAAACCGACACGAAACGAAAUUAUACGGAAAGUUUCGGGACCGAACGAGAGUGAAGAAUUCGCAAUUACCCGCGAAAGAAACUUGACGUUGCGAUAUCGCCGUCUGAUCUCCGCGUCAAACUCGGCAAACCGCCGCCGCAUUGAUGUUUCUCAAGCGAGCAUUAAGUAUAACUUUGUCCAAGUUUUCUUUCCUUCUCGCCUCGUCAUCGCCUCGUUAUCGCCGUUAUCGCCGUUAUCGAUUCUGUCCCGAAACUUUCUCGACGUACCUUGUGCAUGUGACAUAGGCUAUGCGUCUAUGUAACGACACCAUUUCGUGGAGCCGGCGUAGGAAGUCGCGCGCGUCGCCUACCUUAGCGUCUUCCAAGAAGGACGCGGCGUUCCUCACUGAUAACAGACAGCACCUCCUUUUGAUCGAUAGUCAAUGUAUUAUCCCGCAAUGAUUCACACACCGUGCAAUUCGCAAUCAUGAGUCAUGAUGAAUUUCCAUAUCGUGCAAUAGUAUGUCGUCCACGUUGCGCUUGCCGCGCUCAGCCGCGCGCAAGCCGGACUCUCCGCAGCAGCUCACGCGAUCGUCGCGCGUCGGGCGGCCCCGGACUUUUGCGUCGCUCCACGAAAUGACUGAGAUUCAAAGGCAUGCCACGUGCUUUUGAGUAGACGAGAGAACGUAGACUGUCUUAGCCCCGGUGAGAAAGCAAGAUCGAUUGCGACGGACGGAGAAGACCACCACCCCUCCCCUCCCCCCGUUGACUAGCCCCCAGCCAGUACUUGUUGCAAUCGUGAGAUAAUUAAUAUCGGACGCGAAUCCUAGUACGGGACGAGCUAUGGGGAAAGAAUUUAUACGAGCAACGCGCAAUGCAAUGCAGUUGAGUCUAGACAUUAACGAGCCUCUAACACAAGACUGAUUAGCUAAUCCCACUGUAUACAUCCGUAAUCUCUCAGUAAGUUAAAGAUACAAGACAAAAUGGUAGAAGUUCCAUAUCCGCAAACGACUCUCUCCACCCGCGCCACCCAUGCUCAUUCUCCUCUCUCGCCUCCCCUCGGUUUUACUGUCUCUUUUAUUUCGCCACAUGUCCGCUCGAAGAAGUUUACUUAGUCCACCUCGAUAUUUAUUUAACGCGAUCUGCGGUGGUUGCCUGGUUCGUUCCUACGUACAAAGUCGCGCUCAUUAUCGCGCCGUGCCACUUCGCUUCGCUGCUUUUCUGUCGGAACAGGUGCAUGUGACAGAGAGAGUAUACAAUAUAUAUAUAUAUAUAUAUAUAUAUACACACAUAUAUAUGUAUACAUAUGGGGUGUCUAAAGCUGUUGCACUAUUUUUAAUAACGGAUUCUUUCGCGGGUUUGACGUUUAACGUCCUUCUUUAACGCGCCUCGAUGAAAUAGCGUUCGCUGUUGGUGAAGUUAAAAUUAAACGGGUAAUGUGUAUAUGUGUAUACAUAUAUAUAUGUGUGUGUGUGUGUGUGUGUGUAUUCGUGUCAUAUAUUUAGUCAUGUAUGGCUCGCGUCGGAUAUCCGUUAAAAAUCGAAGAAACACACACGAGGCACACUUCGUCGUCCAUUUAAUUAGCCGAGAGCUUCGAUCCACGCGAACCUUAUCUCUGUCUCACUUCCGCGGGAAUCGUCGGCCGCGGAAAGAAUCUACUGAAAAUUCGAAGCCGUGGAAUUUUUCGCUGAGGGAGUAACGCAUUUAUACGUAGUCCCGAGGUGCCCCUGUAUAUCAACGACUAAAGUACCAGUGACCUAAUAGCAAGUACCUACCACUCCAUUCGUAACGUUUUUACAUAUAUCGUACAUUGAGUAAGUCGCGAUAUAUCGCAGCUUGUACAGACGACGCGAGAAAGAGGGAACGGAAUUAAUUAAAAGUGUAAAAGUGAAAUCGACGAUUCUCUCUGUGGCCGACAAGCGUCGUCGGGCCCGCGUCAUCGCGCUCUCGUUAAUUCGAUUCCCCACUUUUCUGUCGGCCGCCGCUACCCUUGUUUGCUCUCCCUUGUGAAGCACAGACACGUAAGGUCUUGCCCCUUUUCUCACCUGUCACUCACAGAGCUGUCCUCACUGCAACUGACGCGCGGUCGCGCGGCUGCCUGUUCCCUUUUUCCCUCCGACACCCAAGAUAAUCAGCUCCGUUCGCUACUACCAACGUGCCAACGAGCCAAGCGAUUAGACGUUAAUUUGCUGGAACGCCGUUACCUCCGAUCGAGCGCGAUCGAAUCUUCUUCAGCAGCUGAAUCGCGUCGACCGAGUGUGUUGUCGGACCACGUCGCGAUCGCGUUGUACUUACUCGUCUCGGAUCCACGACGAUCUUCUCUCUUCUUUCUCCUCUUCUCGUCGGCUCCUCUUCUCUGCAGCUCUCGCGGCUUUUCAUUUCACCACGGACCAUCCGCGUUUCUCCCUCUCCCCCUCCUUCCCCCCGCCCCUCCCCCACCUCGCCUUCGAGUUCUUUUAAACGCGAAGCGCUUCGUAACGCGCGUGCGAGACGCGCGUUUGAAAGGGACAAAAGGUGGUUUUACGGCAGAUCGAGGCGACACGCGUUGUGAAACACGCGUUGGCCCUCGGAAAUCAAGCAGAAAAACAAAAGAAAAACAGGAAUACACGACAAAUGACAGCAUGAAAGCAUCGGUCGCCACGGCUGAUGUAUCAUAAUAAUAAUAAUACUAAUGAUUAUUAUAGUAAUAAUAAUAAUAAUAAUUAUUAUAAUAAUAUAAUAAGCCUCGCUCGUAUUCCGAAAUAUUUAGUAUAACGAAUGAACAGUUAUAAAACGCUUAGACCAUGCCGCGUACUACGUACGAAGUUAAGGUAUCACGUAAGAUUAACACGAAAUGUUUCCUAUAUGGCCGCGAGUCUCCGUAUUGUGUAAGGAAACGGCGCGCGAUCGCUGGAUUAGGCCUAUAAUUAUUGAUAUAGCUCUGUAAUAUAUUAGAUUAAACUCUGGGAUAUUAAGGUAGCACGUAAUUGUGUCUGAAAUUGUGUGCAACUAUAAAGCGCAGAAGAAAAGUGUGCCUGUUGACGAUUGCGCGUGUCGAUCGACUUAUAAGCAAGGGAAGAAACGGAAGAAAACAAAAAAACAUGAAGUGUGUGAGAUUGAAUGUUCUCGUUCUCGUUGUAAAAUGUAAAACUUAAAUGUAAAUCAUAAGGCGGACAUACACGGGUGGGAGGCCGCGAGCGCCGGGAUCAAUGUACAUCUGUAUCAACGAUAGAGAAAGAUCGAGGAUUAACAGGGACAUGACAGGGAGAACGUAAUUUUCCGUCGUCGUCGUCGUCGUCGUCGUCGUCGUCGUCGUCGUCGAUUCACGGAUUCAUGGAUUUCAAGCGCCUGUGCGGGGGCAAACUCAAUCAAUUUUCCGUUCGCCGAUCCUCCCCCCCCCCCCAGACUGAAGCUUCGCUCGUCGCAAACGCCGCGAAGAGCGUCUCCGCGCGAUUGUUCCAUCGAGAGAUCCGAUAAUAUAUUUAUUUGUAUUUAUUCGAGGCGACGCAGAUGAAUUUUCCUUUUAGCCGAGACCGAGAAGUUACUAAGGUUCCUUGGUCAAUGUUGAUGCAUUUGUGCACCUGAGCAAAUAUACCUGAGCAUUACGGUGAUUCUCAAUUCCUGUUGCAACUGAUGUAUCACGCCCCUUCACACUUCGUACGGCCGUUUUCUCCCCCGGGAGAGGCAACCUUGGGUCACGUCAGAACGCGCUGUUCUUCCAUGUUCCAAAUUUUGCAGUCUCCCUUGCUCUAUUUCUUCCCCGCUGGGGGUCAAUUUUCACCGUUAGGAAAAUCUUCCGGCAAGACGAAGGCCACGUCUUUGCGAGGCGUGUCUUUCUUUCCGAAUUCAUCGAUCUUGCGACUUGCGCUUUUCCGCUCGGGUUACACUCAUCUGGGAUCUCGUCGGUCAAUGGAGCUCCCUCGUCACGAGUAUUUCGAAAACAGGGUCGGUGGUUCACAGAGAUUUCCAAGAUCGCGCGCGUGCGAUUCUUCAAGUCCCCUAAUUGCAUUCUUCCGCACGCCGCGUUACAUCGUCACGCGCCAGCAUCUCUCGCGCAGACGCGCUGUUUAUUUCCCGCCAUUGUUCAGGUCGUGGUUUUCACCGUAUCUCGCGAUAGGUGUUACGGCUCGACUGUGCAACCGCUCAAUGUUACAUUGCUCAAGCUCCGUAUAACCAGUCUAACAGUAAGAUAGCACGCGUAUAAAACUGCAUUGCGUCUCGCAUCGUAUCGACGUUGCAGGCGACCGGGGUCUCUCCGCUUUGACGACCGACGAAGAAAAUGUUUCUAUAUAUUUUGUGAUCUUUUUAUUUUUCUACGGUAGAUUUAGACCGAAUUGCGAGCGCGCGAAGGUGAGUUUCUUUCGCGUGUCCCGUAAUUCAAAUUACACAACGCGAAUGUAAUUUCUCUCUCUCUCUCUCUCUCUUUGUGUGUGUGUGUGUGUGUACCCGAAUUGUGCUGGAGCUUCACAAACGACGCUGAAUACUAAUCGCAUUUGCGAAGAUGGAAAUAUUCUUACACGUUGAAACGCGAAUUUAUAGUACGAGAGAGAGAGAGAGAGAGAGAGAGGAUAUUUUGCUAAAGCGCGGCCGUAUUGUCUCUGAUUUCUCGUCGAAAUAUUUGAAAUAUCAUCUGCACGCGGUGAUGCUUUAUCGCGCGGCUGGAAAUACGAAUAUAUCGCGUACAUUUUAUUUUCAUUUAUUCCCUCCGACGUGAUUCAAUAUUCGAUAUCGGUUCGUUUGCGAGCAUCCUUUUGAAAUUGGAUAUCCGCAGCGGUUUCCGAUUUUACAUCAUCGCGCUGCCGCGGACGAUUUGACGCACCGAGUAUUGCAAAUUUAUACUUCAAAAGUAAUUCAUAUAUAUUUUUUUCGUAUAUUAUUAUUUCCCUGUAUUAUUCAUGCGUAUUCAUGUGUAUUUUCUUCGCAAAUAUGCAAAUUUGCUUAUUUUUUUUAACCGUACGCACACACACACACACAUACGAGUCAUGCAAAUGCGCGAUCCUAUCAUCCAGGAAGAUUCGAAAUAAAAUGCAUUCCCUCGUUGUACAAGCAGCUCCGCAGGAACGAUAUUUUUUCACGAGAAUUAUACGCACACAUCUUAUCACACAACGUCACAUAGUGCUCGACCGUUGGUCCCAUUUCGAUCAGGCCCGUUUCCCACGACAGAGGCGGCACUCGCCGCCGAUCGUGCGUGUCUUCCGCACCUGUUCGAGCGAGCACACCUUGUCGUUCAUCGUUCACGCUGCAAAGAGUCUUCGGCUCUUCGCGUGCGUCCUUUUCCUCUCGGGCGACCAAACCGACAGCACGUCGCGAUCAUCGUUCGAACGGUUAAUUCGCUGAGUAAAAUGCGCAGAAUAGGGCUCUAGUCUCUCGUGAAUUUUACGAUCAGCUGUACAGAUACAGAUGUGCAGAUGGGACGAAGUCGCGUGGGGAAUCUCGCUCCGAGGGACGCUGCUCGACGAUGACUUCUCGGCACGUCGGUUCGCUUUCCGAUGUCGAAGUCGCGGCGCGAUCGCGAACGAGCGCACCGAAGGGGAGGUGCUCGCGAUACGUGCGUGAGUUGUAUGGCGGGAAUGUGUCCAGCUCCACCUGGGACUGCGGAGGAAACGUGUGUGGCUGCGCGAUCGCGGCGAGGAGAAGUGUAUUUUAUACAGCGUGUCGUGUGUGAAAUCAACGAGAUACUCUCUC